AAUUUUUCCGCAGUUGAGGAUGCGACGCCAGCAUUAUUCUUCUUCAUUGCGACGUCGAACCUUUUGGGGGAGAAGCUCAUCUGAACACGGCUUGGCUUAGCUAGAAAACAUUUAAUCCUACUUAUACGGUCAGCGAAGCUCGCGAUCAACGCCGCGCACUGUCUUGUGCAACAACCCGUUCCUCGACCUCCUCAACCUUUAACACACUAACCCGCGAAACCUCUAUAUCCGACACUCGUUCACGAUGGCGCGUAACUCAGAAAAAGCGCAGUCCAUGCUCUUUCGCUUCCGCGCCGCUCAAGCCGCCGAGUCAGGACUUCUGCCCAGUGCUGGUCAACGCCGGCCGAAGGCUCCAAGCACAGUCAACACGAUUCCUCUCUGCGAAAAAUGGCGCGGCCAGAUCCUGAAAGAAGUGUCGCGUAAAGUCACGAAAAUCCAGGACGAUAGUCUGUCCGACUUCCAGAUACGAGACCUGAAUGACGAGAUCAAUAAACUCAUGAAAGAGAAAUGGGGUUGGGAGCGAAGAAUAAGAGAGCUAGGCGGGCCAAAUUACAUGCGUGGAGGAGGCACGGUGUUUGAUGACCAGGGUAGAGAGGUCCCUGGUGGAGGGAAGGGGUAUAGGUACUUCGGGAGAGCGCGAGAGUUGCCUGGAGUCAAGGAAAUGUUCGAACGAGCCGUGAAGAGAAAGGUGCACGCCGACGAGGAUGAAGAGGGCGGAAAAGCUAGACCCGGGCAUGAUAUCAAUCGGAAAAAUCUGGAUGCGAGAUAUUUCGGCUUUGGACUUGACGAGGAGGACGGCUCUCUUUUGAAAUAUGAGCGACGAAAAGAAAAGGAGGCAAUGGAGCGCGUGUCAAAACUGGCUGAAGGAGAAGAUGAUGAUGCGGAAUGGGAGCCUUUACCUGGUGAUGCAGGCGAUGGAGUGCCAUGGCGGCUGCCAACGCUCGAGGAAGUUCAAGAAGAGCUCGUCGACAGAAGAAGGAGGCAAUUGCUUGAUAGACUCGUCUGAAGAUCUCAUGGUAGGACGGGAUUCAUGAACUGAAAGUCUUCGAGGAAGGCAGACUGGCACCAGAUGGACGAGCUGAUGGAUAUCUUCAUUUGAAUGGCAGUCCAGCUCUAACCGAGCGUCGACAUUUAUUUUGUGGAACCCUGGUCACAAUACAUCUACUACGAACGACGAUAACUCGAAUCAACCAUCGCUCUCCUCGAUGCCCUCCUAAGCUCAUCUUACUACUGCUUCCACCUGGCAGGGCUCGAUCCAGAAACGCGACAAUCUCAAUCGACCACAUGGUCUUGUUUGAUACUCAACAGACCCCCUGGCUUCAUUGACAUCCCUCCUCUUUCAACAGAAGAUAAACUGAAAGGUCGCCUUGCCCUUUGAAGCAUCAACUUUGGCAGUGAGCAAAACAUCCGCAGAGAGGAAGAAUCCGUCCGACAUCCUGUGUAUCUCCAUGUCUGCCGCUAUUUGUUGAGUAGCAACAUUGGCAUUGAGAACGUUGUUCGCUGGAGUGUUCAAGAUGACAAAGGUGUCACGAUCGCCCGUACCAUUUGUACGUUCUCCGGGGCACGUCCAGACGAUGUCGACGUUUUGUUUGCCUUUGUUGCCGCCGAUGAAGCUCAAGACUUGUUGGCAGACAUUGCUGAGGUAGAAUGGAUCAGGUCCGUACUUGACAUUGAGGUUGGCAGGGUAAAUUCCGCCACAGUCGGGAUUGACAAUGUCAGGGUCAAUGUUGAGCUGGAGUUGUUGCGUGGCUGCGGAGGCAUUCUGCGAUGUCUGGUCGCUGUUCAAGUUGAGCGUAUUUGUACCUGUCGGCACGGCAGCUGCUUCGAUGGAGACGGCCAGGACCAGAAGGACAAGCACGAGCAAGCUGGAUUUCAUUUUGAGAUAUUGAACGGUAUAGCCUGAUUCAGGACUGGCUCGAUGAUCUCACAGAAUGAGUACGGAAGUAGAAGUUUGACAAAUCAUAAACCCAAUGCAGGAUCUGGCAAUGAUAAAGGAUCAGCCGGGUGCAAUUUCGAGAGUAUGGAUGGUAGUCUUGGAGUGGUGUGUGUAUGUAGCCUGGCUGCAGACGCUGGUGUGUCCGCCG